AUUAACAAACGAACAGAGACGUAACAAUAGCUAGAUAAAACAAUGAUAACUUUCAAUGGAUUUGGCUUUGACCUUGAGGAGUGACCAUGGAUUAGUAAAUACCUUGGUAAAAGAACAGCAUCUUUAACAGACCAUGUUCCUCAGUUUGUUUAUAAUGCGUGAAGAACAGUCGAUUGUGUGGAGAAUUCAACAUUCUGGCAGAAUUAUUGUUUCUCUCGUGUAUUUUUCCCUUUUCCUGGACAAUGUGCUGCUGACUGUAGUUGUACCAAUUAUUCCUGACUAUCUUUACAAGCUUGAACAUGGUAAAAGUAAUCAAACGGAGAAAGAUAGCUUACGUUACGACCUGGAUAAUGACACAGCGACUACUGUAAACAAUUCAAGAAUAUUCGUAGGAAUAGUAGCGUAUAUAGAAAAUCGGUCAUCAGAAGGCAUCACUCAACUUGAUUUGCCUGAACAGAUUGGUUUAUUUUUCGCUACAAAAGCUUUUGUCCAGCUCGUAGCAAAUACCCUUGUAGGACAAUUUACAAACAGGGUUGGCUACACCAUUCCGUUGCUAGUUGGAUCGUUGACUCUUUUGAUCUCCUCUUUACUUUUCGCUUUAGAAAGAAACGUCGCAUUGCUUUUUGUGGCACGCGGUGUUCAAGGGAUUGGAUCAGCUUGCACGGCAAUUGGAGGGAUGGCUCUAGUCGCUGACAGAUACCCCGAUGAUAAAGACAGGAGUAAAGUGAUGGGCAUCGCUAUGGGUGGCAUUGCUACAGGCGUUUUAGUUGGCUACCCAUUCGGCGGCGUUAUGUACAACUUCGUGGGAAAGGCAUCUCCAUUUCUGAUCUUAGCUGGACUGAUUUUUCUUAAUGUUGUGUUGCAGUUUAUCAUCUUACAACCUCGAGUUGCUCCAGAGACAAUGUUGCAGCCAUCACCAUUAAAACUGUUGGUAGCUGAUCCUUACAUUUUAAUCGCAUGUGGAGCUGUAUGGGUUUCUACGUCAGCAAUGGCAGUUCUAGAACCAUGUUUGCCCGUGUGGUUGAUGGACACAAUGGAACUUCCUAGGUGGCAACUCGGCACUGUUUUUGUUCCCGACAGUGUUGGUUAUCUUCUUGGGACUAAUCUAUUUGGAUCUGUAGCCUUCCGAAUUGGCAGGUGGCUAGCAGCUUUGGUUUCUCUCUUGGUUGUUGGUGUAUGCGCACUAGGGGUUCCUUUGGCAACUCGAAUGGUUCACCUUAUAGUACCACAUUUCGGUUUAGGAUUGGGCAUAGGUAUAACCGACGCUGCACUAAUGCCCCUGUUGGCCCACGUUGUAGAUACACGUCAUGUGGCUAUGUACGGCACGGUGUACUCGAUUGUUCAAGUUGCUGUUAGCCUGGCUUAUUCAAUAGCUCCUCUGGUUGGUGGAGUGUUGGUACAGUGGGUGGGAUUUCCUUGGUUAAUCAGAAGUUUGGGUAUUCUGAACAUAAUUUAUUCUCCUCUUUGUUUUCUUCUCAGGAAGGCUGAAUCAAAAGAAGAAGAUAAGCCUAUCGUGAUGGACUCCUCCCUGGAAGAGAGUUACCAAUCGAUAGGAAAGCUCAUCUCUUACUCUCGUUUCUUCAAUGAAGACGUGGAAGGGUAAUUAACUGUUUUCUCCGACAUCUUUAACUAAUGGUGCAUAGUAUAAACAGAAUCAUGA